AUGCAGCUUGUAGAUCGAGACGACACCAGAGCUUUGGCAUUUCCCUCCAGGCAAAUAGCAGGAUGGCUGUACCACACAGAUUCUCGAAAUGAACCUCACAUUAAUCAAGAAAUUGCGCUGAGCGACAAAACGAUUCUGAAGAUUGGGCGAGACGAGCGCGCAAAUUCAUUUUCGAUUGGUCGAGACGCGGAAAACUAUGUAUCGAGAAAACACUGCGAAGUCUAUGUCGUCCUUUAUGAGCUCGGUAUAAGUCAUGUCUACGUUCGAGAUCGCAAGUCCUGCAACGGCACGUACGUGAACGGUCUCUGUAUCGGUGAUUCUAGUCAAACGUCAUCUGGUUACCUCUUGGCCGACGGCGACGUAGUUGAAAUCCGACCUUUUUGGCAGUUCCUGUUCAAGCAAAAGACGCUUGCACCGGAAGAGCCCCUCAACAAGCUACAAAUGCAAGAGUCCCAGCUCUUUGAAGGAAAAUACACAAUCCUAUCGCGUGUGCUAGGCGCUGGAAGCCAAGGGUCGGUCCACCUCGCCGUAAAUACAACCUCCAAGAAGCAGCUCGUCUGCAAGAUCAUAAAUAUGAAGCAAGCAGGCGUCCGCGGACAACAGCCGUCUCCCCAAAAAAUUCUACAGGAAUCAGAUACACUGCGCCAGCUCAAACAUCCAAACAUCCUGACCUACGUAGACACACUCUGGUCUCCGCAUACCCUAUACAUUUUUACGGAGCUGGCCUCUGGGGGUGACUUGCUCUCGUACAUUAAUCAACAUGACGUGAUUCCAGAAUUCGACACGCGCAUUGUCGUGAGGCAAAUAGCCCGAGCGCUGCAUUGGUUACAUGACCGCAACAUCGUUCACCGAGAUCUCAAGCCAGAAAACGUACUUUUGGCGUGCUCGCCGAGAAUCGCGUACCAACGAGUUAUGCUAUCUGACUUUGGUUCUUGUGCGCUACCUCUAAGCAACAAGCUCAAGACGAAUGUGGGAACGCAAAACUUCCAAGCACCCGAGGUCCUGCGAGGCGAGAAGCAAACCAACGCUGCCGACAUUUGGCCACUCGGUGUAAUUUCUAUGCUUCUUGUUACCGGCUGUGGACUCGCCGGGAUUGAUGGUUUGGCGCGGCUGGACCAGAUGGCUCUUGAAAAUGUACUGCACGACGUGCUCGCCAACUGCAAGGAAGCCUCCGCCAGCGCCAAAAGCUUCAUCUUGCAAUGCAUGAAGAUUAGAGCGAGCGACAGAAUCACCUCGGCCGGCGCCGGAUGCCAUGAUUGGUUCCAUACACCCAGCAGCCACCUCGCAUUCUUCCAAGCGCUCGAUGCCCGGACGGCCGCCUUGUAG